AUGGCGGCACAAAAACGGUCUCUCGACAACGCUCCUUCCUCCCAUAAAUCAAAAAAAUUAAAGGCAUCGGACUCGACGUCUGAAAAGCCUCAGAAUGUCCCACCAGCCGCCUCUACUCUCACGGCAGACGACAUCGACUUUCCUCGUGGUGGUGGGACAAGCUAUACGCCCUUGGAGGUUAAGACAAUCAGAGCAGAGGCUUUGAAGGAAGCAGAUAGAGAGUUGUUUAAGGAGGCGCAAGAUGAAUCCAAGAAAUCCAAGAAGCGGAAGAGAAAGUCUGAAGCUGGACCAUCCACCGAUGAAUCUAAGACAGGAAAAAGCGAGAGAAUACGGAUAGAACAUUUGAACUAUAAGAGAAUGAAUGUGGGCAUGAAGAUUUUUGGUCAAAUCAUGUCUAUCCAACCCUUCGCCCUUAUUGUGUCUCUUCCCAAUCAACUAUUUGGACACGUUCCAAUAACCAAUGUCUCCUCACAACUCACGAGUCUCUUGGAGAAGACAGAGGACGAAGACGAGGAAGACGAAGAAUCCAACUCUGAAAAUGGAAUUCGAGUUCCCAGCCUAUCUGACAUCUUUCACGAAGGGCAGUAUGUCCGAGCAGUGGUUACUGCACUCCAUGCCCCAGGGCAUACCGACAUCGUCGGCAUAGGACGGACGCGAGACGACGCAGUCAGGGCUAGCAAGAGAGUCGAACUAUCCCUCUACCCGGAAAAAGUCAACGUUGGGGUAAAGAAGACCGACUUGAUCCCGGGAUUUACUCUGACGGCCGAAGUGAGAAGUGUUGAGGACCACGGAUACCAACUUAACUUGGGUGUGCCGGACAUGGCAGGUAUUCUCACUUUCAAAGAUACAAAGGGCCUGAGCGAUGAUAAAGCACCGAUUGUGGGACAAUUGGUCGACGUUACAGUACAAAAACAGUCGCCUAAUGGCAGGACAUGUCAUGUCACCAAUGAUCCUAACCUGUUUUCCUCUUCUUCACUGACUGAAAUAACAAGUGUCACGUCGGUGCUUCCCGGGACGUCAGUUCAGGUUCUCAUAACGUCAAUACAUGCUACAGGCUUCAACGUCCAAGUUCUUGGUUUUUUUGACGGCACCAUUGAUCGACUUCACCUUCCUCGGCAUAUCUCAGAAAAGACCCAUAAAGUGGGCAAAAAGGUUAAAGCAAGGGUGUUAUAUGAUUAUUCGACGACACCCCCACGAUUUGCAUUAGCACUCAACGAGCACAUCGUUGAACUUGGAACGUCGCAAACCGUGUCGGGAGUUAGUAUUCAAGAGGCCUAUCCCGUUGGCAAGAUUAUCGAGGGCGCGAAGAUUCUCAGAGUUGAGCCUGAGCGUGGGGUGGACGUUGAAGUGGAAGAUGGACUGGAGGGCUUCGCACAUAUCUCUCACAUUUCCGAUGAACAUUUGCCCGUCGUGUCUGCUUCUGAUCCUUGGAAGCCCGAUUCAAUACACAGAGCUCGCGUCAUAGGAUACUUCCCCUUCGAUGAUGUCCUACAACUCUCACUUAAGCCUUCUGUUCUAGACCAACAAUUCUUCCGAGUCGAUGAUAUCAAAGUGGGUGAAAUCGUUAAAGGUACAGUCAAGAAAAUUGCCGACAACGGGCUCUUCGUGUCGCUGUCGGGGAACAUAGAUGGUGUAGUGUGGCCUAACCACUAUGCAGACAUCAUGCUUAAGCAUCCGACGAAGAGGUUUAAAGUUGGGGCCAGUAUCAAAUGCCGGGUUCUUGUCGUGGAUACUGUACGGAAGCGACUGUCUCUCACUCACAAGAAGACACUCUUGGAGUCCACAUUACCGAUUGUCUCUUCCAUCGAAGAUGCCAAAAUUGGCUUGGUGACCUAUGCUGUUGUCUUCAAAGUGUUGCCCAAGCAUCUCAUGGUAGAAUUCUACAACAAUGUAAAGGCUACCGUUCCAAUACGAGAAGUUAGCGAAGUCCCAGUCAAGUUGUCCGACGCUUUCUCCGUGGGAAAGAUUGUCAAGGUACGAAUUAUCGAUGUUAACGAAGAACAUGGCCGGAUCGUGGCGAGCAUCAAAAAAUCCUCCGCCUCACAGUCCUUCAAUACCGAUAUAAGCGGGGUCGGAAUCGGUGAUAUCGUCAACGGUACCCUCUCGGAAAUUCAUGGCGAAAAUGCUGUCCUCGCUUUGCAGCCUUCCGAAGUGCGCGCGCUCUUGUCGCUUAACAAUCUAGCCAAUCACCGUGGUGUAUCACUGGCCCAGCUGCGUGUAGACCUCUCUGUCGACGACAAGCUAGAGGAGCUCGUCGUUGUGACUAGGAACACUGAGAAGAACUUUGUGAUCGUCGCGACGAAGCCGAAAGGGAAGGCGAACGUGAAGGGCUCCUUGUCCAUGGACAAAGUGACCAUUGGGCAGGUAGUCAGUGGACGUGUCACCCGAAGAGUGCGACAAGGUACUCUUAUCAAAUUACCUUCGCGUAUUGGUGGCCUACUGCAUCCGACGGAUGCUACUGAUGAUUAUGAGACGGGAACACCCUUCCCGGCCAUCGACUCUGUGUUGAAGGCUACCGUUAUAGGGAUUGAUGUCUCCAAGAAGCAGCUUUCCCUCUCAACACGGCCUUCAAAGAUGUAUCCGGACGAAUUAAGGCCAGUCGCCGACCGUGUCAUUGAUGGCAUAAAUGAUAUACACGUCGGUGAAACGUUGCGCGGUUUCAUCAAGAGCGUAACAGACCACGGUCUGUUCGUUACCAUUUCACGGGAUGUAGAUGCUCGAGUGCAGAUUCGUGAACUUUUCGACGACUAUGUCAAAGAUUGGCAGGAACGAUUUCACACUGACCAGGUCGUCAAAGGGCGCAUCUUAAGCAUUGAUACAAACACCAAAAAGGUCGAGAUGACAUUCCGCUCGAAUGAUCUGUCAAGAAAAUCGUCGUCUUUGAGCUACGGGGAUCUGCAGAAAGGUCAAAAAAUUAGCGGAACGAUCAAAAAGAUUGAAGAGUACGGCUUGUUCAUCCAGAUCGAAAGUUCAAAGCUCAGUGGUCUAUGUCAUAAAUCAGAGCUUUCGGACAACAAGGACGCGGAUGUUACCGUGGCGCUGGGUAGUUUCCGUGAAGGUGAUCGCGUCAAAGCCGUCAUCCUCGAUGUUACAAAUCGACGAAUUUCUCUGAGCUGCAAGCCAUCACAUUUCUCAGAAGAGGACUUCGCUGAUCAGGAUUCUGAUGAGGCGGAAGCUGUGGAGGAACUAGGUGUCAUCGAUAAAGAUGCAGAUGACGAUGAGCAAGAUGAUGGUCAAGACGGCCUCGCUCCUCAUGAAGUCGAUGAUUCUUCUGACGACAGUGACCAUGAUGUGAUGGAUGUUGAUUUGGCCCCCUCACAACCGCAGUACCAGCAGCCCUCAUCAGCCCCCAAAGCAACCAUCUCGGAAUCUGUGACAUUGAAAUUGGACACCGAGUUUGAGUGGUACGCCAAAGAGGCACCCUCAGAACCGUCAGAUGACGCAUCUGAUGCAUCUGAAGAUACCGACGAUGAGGAUCAGCCCAGCAAAAAGCGGAAACGCAAACGCAAGGAGAUUGAGCAAGAUCUUACUGCCGACAUGCACACCAAGGCACCGGAAUCUACUGCGGAUUUCGAACGCUUGCUACUGGGCUCUCCGAACUCGUCCUACUUGUGGGUUCAAUACAUGGCGUUCCUUGUGCAACUUUCCGAGAUCGACAAGGCGCGGGAAACAGCAAGGCGGGCUCUGAAAACCAUCAACUUCCGUGAAGAACAGGAGAAGCUUAAUGUGUGGAUUGCACUGCUCAAUAUAGAAAAUUUGUAUGGAACCGACGAGACGCUGGAAGAAACUUUCAAAGAAGCUGCCCGAGCAAACGAUUCCAAGACGAUCCAUCUUCGUCUAGCAUCUAUUUUUGAUGCGUCGGAAAAAUUCCAGCAAACUGAAGACCAGUAUAAAAGGACCUGCAAGAAAUUCGGUCGCAGUUCAAAAGUCUGGACCUUAUUCGCCGAUUUCUAUCUUCGCCAUGACAAUAUUGAGAACUCGCGGAAUUUGCUCCCACGUAGUCUUCAAAGUCUAGAAAAGCGGAAACAUCUUAAAACGAUCUCAAGGUUCGCUCAACUAGAAUACAAGUUGGGCGACCCUGAACGGGGAAAAACCCUUUUUGAGGGUAUCGUCGAUUCACACCCUAAGCGUUGGGAUAUAUGGUCAAUAUAUAUGGAUAUGGAAGCGGGACAACGCAACAUUCAGAGUCUGCGAUCACUGUUUGAUCGUGUUUUAACUUUCAAAAUGACUAGCCACAAAGCGAAGUCGUUUUUCAAGAAAUGGCUCGAACUGGAACGGCGCUUGGGAGAUGAGGACGGGGCUACGAUGGUGAAACAGAAAGCAGUCGAAUGGACCCAAAGAGCCAAUCCAUCAUAA